AUGGAGCAAAAUCAGAACUUGUGUGUCCAGACAUUUCACAUUCUAGACAAGGAUGGAGAUAACCGCAUUUCUAUGGAGGAUUUAGAAGCAUUUCUUUGCACGCUCUAUGAUGAGGGGGCAGUUGCAGAGGUUAACAUUAGAGCCAUUAUUGAGAGCCUGAUCAGCACGCGGGAACCGGCGCUUGACUACGUAGAACUGUUAGACUUCAUUCGUGAGAAUGGCUUGCUUCACGGUCAUCAAUCAAAGACACAGAUGACACGGGCCAUUCAGCGUCUCCAGGGCACGCGCUUCUCCUUCAGCACAGCCGAUCUAGAGUCAAAGAUGCUUGACUUAGGAUUUGAGAUAACGCAACAGGAGAUCGACGAUGUUCUGGAAACAUUCACAGGAGCGAAGGACGGAGAGGUUACCGGGGAUAUGUUGGCGCACCUGUUCUCUCAGCUGUGCGCAUCCGACCUGGUCUAG